AAAGCCCCCAAAGAAAAAUAAAUAGCAAAGGAAAACAGUGCAAAGAGAUUCUGUGCUGUGUCCCACCGGUGGAGCACCCGUCCUCUAAGCCAUCGACAGUUUUUAAGAAGUUGAUCUCAAUAGUGUCACCACAAAAGAGGAAGGAUGAACCUCCCAGGCCAGCUGCUAGACCAGGGCCAGCUGUGCUUCAGAGGACAAGCUUUCCAAGGGGAAUCUGCCCCCCCCCCCAGUUGACUCUUGGGAAAGGAGGUGACAAUUGAGACACACACACACACACACACACACACACACACACACACACACAAACACAAACACACACCAUAAAUAACAAAGACUAAAUCCGCCUUGAGGUCAUCCAUCCUUUUGGUGGCUGCUCUCUGGCCACUCCUCCCAUGGAUUCAUGGAUUCCUUUUGCUAACUUCCUGUGGUAGAAGGAGAUUGGCAGAGGGUGCUACAUUGAUAUCACCCAGAGGCAGCUGUUUUCCUUUUUCCCUUGGGGUUUAGGAUUAUGCAAACGAAGCAUGAAAACAAAAGCUCACUGAGGUGGGGGAGGAUUGCCUUUAAAAAUCCAGGCAAUUUUAAGAGCUAUUUAAGACACCCCUCUCCAUUUUCCCUAACAUCUCUCUUGGCUCUUUGCCAGUCUGUUUAGAAUCCGGCCCCUCUUCAGAGCCUUUUAACCAAAGACCUAAAAGUUUACUGUGAAGCUUCUGUCCUGGCCUCAUUUUGUAAGAGCAGAAAUCAAGGCAUAUAUGUGCUUUCAGUGUCUGUGGGCUGGCUGUGAGUUUUGAUCUCUCUCUGACUCACUCUUCCCUUUGCUGCAUACAGCCUUACCUGGGCAGGAAACUCUGACCCAAUUCCCUCUUAAGUUCCCACUUUUCUGAUAUUAUCUGGAGGGCAAUAGGACCUGGGGAAGUUCAACCCUGCGGCCAAGGGAGACACACCUGCCUAACCGCGUGGGUUGAGCGAGUGUGGGAGCGAGCCACUUUAGCUAGCUGUGGAGAGAGGGGUAGAAGUGGGUGCCUGCUGCUGCUCCCGGAGAAGAGGAAAGCUGUGGCUCCCUCCUUGCUCCUGAGGUCAUGGUGAGAAAUGUUGCGGAAGACUGGCUCAGGCUCCUUUUUGAUGUGCCUAGCUACCUGGAGCAUCCCUUGGCAAUUCGUCUUGGAACUCUGGCUCAUUUUGUUUUGCCCCAGCUGUCUCUCCCACUCGCCUGGCCCACGCCACCACCACCACCACGCCCAAGUCAUCCAGGUGCCAUAGGUCCCAAAGCCCAGGCACUUCUCAAACUGUGCCUUUCGUAGGAAAGUGUCUCGGUGAAGAAACCCCUCCCGCCUCUUCUACUCCAUAAGGCGCGCCCCGUUUCUUUCCGAGGAGACCUCGCUUGGGGACAGUGGUGGCAUUACUCCGGCCCCCAGCCAGGCGGGCUUAGGGGCGGGGCUUGGAGAACCUUCCUGAGAAUCCUUGCCUCCCUGCAGGUCCUGAGAGCGCUCUGGUGAGCCAGCGUGAGCAGGCAAGCUAAUAGGCACAAUCUAGCAGCAAGUUGGAUGUAUGGAUGCGGUUGGAUGGGUACCUAGGUGCUGAACUGAAUCCUCCCUUCUGCCUUGGUUCAGUUCUUUGCUGACUUAAGAGGCCAUACUGAUGAGAAUUCCUCAGGAGAAGCUGCUGACUAUGUGAUGUGCCACCCCAGAGUGGUUAUUCCCCUGCCUGGGGGACUGUGAAAGAAGCCUCAGUGGAAACAGCUGUUCCUUGACUUUUCACACACCUGGAAUUGGACAGCAGACUUAGUGCUGGGGUGCUUGUCUAAGUUUCUCAGCACCUAUGUUGAUGAUUGCAUUCCAGCCAAUUAAGAGUGAAGUUCAAAGAGAUACUUCUGGACUCUGUAUUCCAGACUCUCAAGUUAAGUCUGGAAGAGAGGUGGCUCCUGUUCUGACUUGUUGGUCUUCAUUCAGGAACUCGACUUGACACUUUCCACCUGACUGAUCCUUGGACAGCAGUGGCUAUGCGGGCUCUGUUGGGGAUGGAUGGAGAAGAGCUCUGAACUCCAGACCAUAAGAGAUUCUCCACAAUGGACAGAGUUUAUGAAAUUCCCGAGGAGCCAAAUGUGGUUCCAGUUUCCUCUCUGGGAGAAGAUGUCAUCCGCGGGCCUAACCCACGCUUUACCUUUCCGUUUAGUAUUCUCUUCUCCACCUUUCUGUACUGUGGGGAGGCUGCAUCUGCCUUGUAUAUGGUUAGGAUUUAUCGAAAGAAUAAUGAAACCUUCUGGAUGACAUACACCUUUUCCUUCUUCAUGUUUUCAUCCAUUAUGGUUCAAUUGACCCUCAUUUUUGUCCACAGAGACCUGGCCAAAGAUAGACCACUGUCAUUAUUUAUGCAUCUAAUCCUCUUGGGACCUGUUAUCAGAUGUUUGGAGGCCAUGAUUAAGUACCUUACACUGUGGAAGAAAGAGGGGCAAGAGGAGCCCUAUGUCAGCCUCACUCGAAAGAAGAUGCUAAUAAAUGGCCAGGAGGUGCUGAUAGAAUGGGAGGUGGGCCACUCCAUCCGGACCUUGGCUAUGCACCGUAAUGCCUACAAACGUAUGUCACAGAUUCAAGCCUUCUUGGGCUCAGUGCCCCAGCUAACCUAUCAACUUUAUGUGACUCUGAUCUCUGCAGAGGUCCCCCUGGGUAGAGCUGUGCUAAUAGUUUUUUCCCUGAUAUCUGUCACCUAUGGAGCUACCCUCUGCAAUAUGUUGGCUAUCCAGAUCAAGUACGAUGACUACAAGAUUCGGCUUGGGCCACUCGAAGUACUUUGUAUCACCAUCUGGAGGACAUUGGAGAUCACUUCCCGCCUUGUGAUUCUGGUGCUCUUCUCAGCCACCUUGAAGUUGAAGGCUGUGCCCUUCUUAGUGCUCAACUUCUUGAUCAUCCUCUUUGAGCCCUGGGUUAAGUUCUGGAGGAGUGGUGCCCAAAUGCCAAACAAUAUUGAGAAGAAUUUCAGCCGGGUUGGCACUCUGGUGGUACUGAUUUCUGUCACCAUCCUCUAUGCUGGCAUCAACUUCUCUUGCUGGUCUGCCAUGCAGUUGAAAUUGGCAGACAGAGACCUUGUUGACAAAGGUCAGAACUGGGGACAUAUGGGACUGCACUAUAGUGUGAGAUUGGUAGAAAAUGUGAUCAUGGUCUUGGUUUUUAAGUUCCUUGGAGUCAAGGUGUUACUGAACUACUGCCAUUCCUUGAUUGCUGUGCAGCUUAUCAUUGCUUAUCUGAUUUCCAUUGGAUUCAUGCUCCUCUUCUUCCAGUACUUGCACCCACUGCGCUCCCUCUUCACUCAUAAUGUGAUAGACUACCUCCACUGUAUUUGCUGCCGCAGACACCAUCAGGAAAGGGCUGAGACCUCAGAGCCAUCAUGUGAGGCUGAAACAAGACAAAGUAUUGUCUGAUUUUUUGCUUCUGAACAUUAUAGGGUGGGUUUGGGGUUGACAAGAGCAACUGUGAAAUUGAAGGAGAGGGUGUACUCCCAGGAUCAUUUUUUUUUACUCUUCUAGUAAGCCUAUCAAAAGAAAGACUGACCUCUGAAUGGGUUUUACUUCUUUAUGAUUGACUGCUAUGUUCGGGUACCAGCACUGGACACUGUUUAUUUAGUUCAUCAUCCUCCUACCCAAGUCAGUGGGAAUAGCUUCCAGGUGCCUCACUGAGGCUCUGAAUUUCCAGCUUUGCUCAAUUGUUUGAGUUAUUGUUGAGUUUCCCUGGGCUGACUGAACUCUACCAUGGCAUAUCUGGACUGAUCAGAGGAUGUGACAGCUUACUAGCAAUGAGAACAUCCCAAUAAACAGUCUGACUCUUGUGGUACCUUUACCUGAGAGAGUAGAUGGGGUAUUUUCUCUAAUGAGAAACUGUGGCUAAGAAGGCCCCAUUAUUAAAGAAAGCUACUCCCCAGAUGAGUUAAUACUCCAUUAGGAUUUUACUAGUGCUCAUUCAGCAAAGAAUUCUCUUUUUAGAAGCCUUCAUAGGCACCCCUUUAUAGAAGGGUAUGCAGAAUAGGAUUUCUUCAGGGAAUAUUCAGAAUGGCAUAUUUUUCAAGGCAGGAUCUCAUGUAUCUCUGGGUGGGCUCAAAGUCACUAUGUAGCUAAGAACUAUGUAGCUUGAACUCCUGA